UGAUUGUGAAAAGCUUGAAUGCUGGAACACCUUGAUAUAAAAGUCUCACCAUUCACCAAGUCGCUACCGACACAUGCAUCUUCGAGGUCUACCAGAGCAGACCAAAGCCAACCAGAACAUAUUGCCAAUCUGAUGCGAUACCGAAGAUAUCUCCUACAAGCUUCGAUCGUAAUCGGGAAGUUACGUUCUCGGAAAUGACUACACGCGCCGAUAAUAGUUACCGCCUCCUCCUAAUGUAAUAGUCAGCCA